AAGAUCAUCUCUCUCUACAGUCUACUCAAGGUUCUACUCGUUACCUCUCGUUACUAAGCAACAAAAGUUGUUUAUUUACUAUCUUUCAAAUUGACUGCUAUCACGAGUUUACACGUUAUUUUUAGUUUAUUUUAGAUUGAACACUGAACACCGAAAAUGAAGAAAACGUCGAAGGAUUUGGCGCCUAUCGCCAUCCCACAUGGCCCUCCGGUGGAAUCCACCGCCGAAUAUUAUAAAUCUCUCAUGGAGAGUGCCAGGAUGGUCAAAAAAUACCCAGUCUGGGAUGUGGCGCGGCCGACUCCGCAGGUGCUCAUGGAGCAGGCGCGCCGGGACCUCAUGCAGGCAGAUGAGAAGCUCGCCGAGAAGAGAGAAGAAGAGAAGAAGAACAGAGCCGUGAUGGACGCCAAGUGGGAGGACUUGAGGACCAAGGAGAUGCUGCUGAAGGAGUCUUUCAUUAGCUUUAAUAAGUUCAUUAGAGAAAACCAAGAGAAACGCGACCGCGCCGAGCGUAAAAUGGAGGCCGACAGUGAAGUCCUGGAGCGGAAGACGCGCGAGACCGAGGCCAUGCGGCAGCGUGUCGCCGAGAUGGAGGAGGUCAAGCAGCUCAUGGAGAAGCAGGUCAAGGACUACACCAUCUAUGAGGACUAUCUUAUGGCGGUCGUACGCAACUAUCCCGAGUUCAAGCAGCCGCUUGACGUCUUGAACCGUUACGAAGCUUUAGCGGCAGCAAAGAGCACACUGGCAGAACGUCAAGAGAGAGACCUAGAGAUGUUGGAAGAGGCGAGGCAGGAGAUUGGCGCCCUCACUGAAGAGAAGAAACUGUUCAUCAUGGGUUUGAACAACACCCUUGCCAACUUGAGAUGGCAAUACGACAAAGUCCGCAACCGGGUCAUCAAAUGGGAGUUGGCCCUGAACCGGCUCAAAGAAACCGCAGCUCGUCGUCACGUGGAGCUCUGCCACGUCCGUUCAGCCAUCUGGGCUCUAUACGUCAAAAUCUGCAAGCAGAAGGGACUGGCCAUAGACAUCAAGACGUCCGACUUUGAACAGCAGCUGGUGGUUAUAAUGAGAGCGCUGUUAGAACUGAGGAGGAUCUAUAGGAUCGCGCAGAGGAGGUCCAAGGAAAAGGACGCCGAGUCAAUGCAAACUGCAUGAAAAGGUAACAAAACUGCACGAAAGUAAGU